AAAAAGUGUCGAGCAGAGUGAUUAAUUUUGUGAACUCCAUCUAUCCUCACAAAUUUCCAAAUCCUCGCCCUCACAAAAUCCCUUCUUGUCAAGAUGUCUGCCGCACAGCUUCUCAACCCAAAAGCCGAGUCGAGGGUACGUCCAAAUCCCGUGGGGAGAAGAUUUAUUUACUGAUAUUGCCUAGCGGAGGGGGGAAGCUCUGAGCGUCAACAUUAGCGCUGGAGAGGGUUUACAGGAUGUAUUGAAAUCCAACUUGGGUCCUCUGGGGACCAUCAAGAUGUUUGUGCCAAUAUUCCCACUUUCUGUGGCUCUGGCUAACUUGUUUCAAUAGGUUGGUUGAUGGAGCAGGCGCAGUAUGCAUCCCACCAUGAUUUCGAAAUUUUUAUAUAACUUCUAACUUGGUCCUCUGCAGAUCAAACUUACGAAAGAUGGAAAUGUCCUUUUACGAGAAAUGCAAAUUCAAAAUCCUACGGCCGUCAUGAUUGCGAGAGCUGCGACUGCGCAGGAUGACAUCUGCGGGGAUGGAACCACAUCUGUUGUGUUGCUUGUGGGCGAGCUGUUGAAGCAGGCAAACCGAUAUAUAUCAGAAGGGUUACAUCCAAGGAUAAUCACGGAUGGUUACGAGAUUGCAAAGACCGAGUCUCUGAAGGUACGGAUAGCACACACACUCGCAGGACGCUUUUCUAACAUAUUGAACUACAGUUUCUAGACUCUUUCAAGCUUCCAAAGGAGGUGGACAGAGAAUUGUUAUUAUGCGUGGCACGAACAUCCCUCUCUACGAAACUCAACCACUCUCUUGCCGAAAAGCUCACGCCAGAUAUCGUUGACGCCGUCCUGUCCAUAUACCAAGCCCCCGCAAAGCCUGAUUUACAUAUGAUUGAAAUCAUGAAGAUGCAACACCGAACAGCCUCCGAGACCCAGCUCAUCCGUGGGCUUGCUUUGGACCACGGCGCAAGACAUCCUGAUAUGCCAAAGAGAGUAGAGAAUGCCUUUAUUCUGAGUCUGAACGUCAGUUUAGAGUACGAGAAAUCAGAAAUCAACUCAGGUUUCUACUACUCUAGCGCUGAGCAAAGAGACAAGCUUGUUGAGAGCGAAAGAAAAUUCGUGGAUGCAAAACUAAGAAAGAUUGUGGAGUUGAAGAAUGAGGUUUGCGGUGGAGACCCCAAAAAGGGCUUCGUUAUCAUCAACCAAAAAGGUAUCGACCCACUGUCGCUGGAUGUUUUGGUCAAGAACGGAAUCUUUGCACUGAGAAGAGCAAAGCGAAGAAACAUGGAGAGAUUACAGUUGAUUUGUGGUGGUACUGCACAGAACAGUGUUGACGACCUGUCACCUGAGAUUCUGGGAUGGGCUGGUUUGGUCUAUGAGAAUCAAUUAGGCGAGGAGAAGUACACUUUCAUCGAGGAUGUAAAGGAGCCGAAAUCUGUCACCAUUCUCAUCAAAGGACCAAACGCACACACUAUUACACAAAUCUCAGAUGCAGUCCGAGAUGGCCUCCGAAGUGUCUACAACAUGAUUGUUGACAAGAGUGUUGUCCCAGGAGCUGGUGCUUUCCAAGUUGCCUGUGCAGCACACUUAAAUAGUGAGGCUUUCCGCAAGACUGUCAAGGGUAAGGCAAAGUGGGGAGUGCAAGCAUUUGCUGAUGCUCUACUCGUUAUUCCCAAAACCUUGGCUGCCAACGCUGGACACGAUAUUCAGGAUGCUCGUAAGUCUUUUGUCUCUAUUGUAUGAGCUUUUACUAAUUUUUCCAUAGUCGCAAGUCUUCAGGAUGAGCAAGCAGAAGGAAACGUCGUGGGUCUUGACCUCAAGACUGGCCAGCCUAUGGAUCCGGUUCUGGAAGGUGUUUACGACUCCUUCCGUGUUCUCCGAAAUGCCAUGGCAUCCAGUUCUGGUAUCGCAUCAAAUCUGCUUCUCUGCGAUGAGAUGUUGAAGGCAAGACAGAUGGGUCGCCAAGUUGGACCAGGACCUGGAAUGGAUGAAUAGAUUCUGUGAUCUGAUGAUGGGAUAGACCCUUUUUUUCUCUCUCGGUACUGAGCAUAAUUUGUACAACACUCGUGUGUAUGGAAAUCUACUAAGUGGUGUGUAGCAUAAGCCGCGUCCAGAAAAGAAAAGAAUUGAUCAUAUGAAUGAAUGAAUGAAAUUGUUUUUUCCCACAAAUGCCGGAAGUGCAUCCCCGCAUUUCCAUUAACGGCAAGUAGAUGGUGUAAAUAAUGGGCCGUUGAUUAGUUUAGCCGACGGACUUGCAGCUUUUCUUUCGGGCUUGGUACUGUUGUUGGAGCUUUUACAUCCAAUUAGGAGGAAUGUUUCUUUGAAGAUAUUCCUGAUUUGAUUUCGUUUCGUUUUUUGGAGGUGGUUGGCUAUGCAUGAUGGUUCACUGGGUUAGGCCCUGUUUGGCUCGCUACUCUGGGAUUUCUUUAUAGUACGCGGGUUUUUACUAUUUGGUACUUGUGUACUUGAUUAAUGUGCCGGU